AUGUCGACUCGAGACAGACACAGACCACAGACCGCAGACCGAUGGAACGAAAUGAACCAACCGCAUCCAAGGACCCCAUCCUCCAUGUCUCGAGCGCAAUUGUCCUAUGGGCGGGGAGGAAAGGGAAUGGGCCAUCCUACUACCUACAGAACUAGUACUAUCUACCCCGGUCCCCAUACUACUCUGUACUGCCUAAGCACAGGCAAAAUAAAACAGGAGUUCAGAGGGUGCCUUGACUCUCUGCAGCUUGAAUCCGAGGCUUUUAAGGCACCUAUUUCCUACUCACAGGAGUACCCUAAGCCAUACUGCUACCCCCUUCACUUUUGGGCACGAACCUAUGCCCUCUUCUUAGUAGUCGGAUCUUACUUCCCCCGCCUCACUAUCGCCAGUUCACACCCACCUACCCUCAAGUGA